AUCUCGGCCGCUUUCAAAUCAGCCACAGCUAUGCCGGGGCUGAACCUGCCCAUCCACAGCUGACGCAAACUUUCAGCUGAUGCUGUGGAUCUGUCUUUUUCGUCGGGACGCCACGAGGAUUGGACGCUUAUUGUGUAGAUCUUGGACGUUUUCAUCAUGUCGUCUGAAAUCGCUUGGGCCGUGACCCGCAACAACUCGGCUUAUCUGCUCAAGAAGCGGAACUGCCCCAAGCCCUUCUCGGUCGACCCCUUCAAUCUGACCAACAAGAACUCGUUCCGAUACAACGGCUUCUUGCACAAGAAGGCCGUGGCCGUUGCGCCCACCGCCGACAAGAAGGGCGUGACGUUGACAUUGAAGAAGUCUAGCCGCAGUUACCGACCCGGUCAACGCUACAAUCGCUCGGACUUGAAGAAGGGCGCCCGCGUGGUUCUGACCACCAUCCGGAACACGCUCAACAAGCAGCGAUACCGCAAGGAUUUGAGCAAGGCCGCCCUUCGACGCGCCUCGGCCCUGAUUCGCGCGCAGAAGCCUUUGCCUCCGCGAAAGGGCGCCAAGCCCGUCAAGAAGGCCGAUUAGAGCCCAGGGGCGGGUUUGUUGCUUAUAUAUGAUAUGCCUGCCGUGGUAUUCAAUACAAACUGCGAUUGAAUGUCACGUCA